CCAUCAUCUCCAUUCUCAGAACCAGAGAAAUAUCUCUUCCCCGCAAUCAUUCUUAUGAUCAUAUUCAAGGUCAGGAGUUCAAACCUUUGACUGAUGUCAACCAUGAUCUGCUUCUUCUGGCAAAGCAAGUACAAAUCCUUUACGAAUUCGUUGAUCUCGGACACUUGAAUGUGCUUUAGUGUCUCGAGUCUACGGCUGGAGAGAAGUUCAAGCAUGGCUAGCUUACGCAUCUGACGCCAGUACGCGCCGUAAGAUGCGAGCCCGAAGGCUGCAUAAUUGUAACCGAGGUGUAUUCCGGCGUUUGAUUUUGGCCGGGUGGCUAAUAUUUUGUCGUUUGUGGUGAAGCACUCUUUGGCUGCUUCAUGACUGCUUAUGAUAACGGUGCUGUGGACGCCCAGGCGGAUGGUGAAGAUGGGACCAUACCUGUCUGCCAUGGUCGCCCAUAUUUGGCAAAGAGGCUUUCCCCCACCGAGCAGGUGUAGGUGGCCUAUGAACGGCAAACCACCUGAGGGUUCUGGAGGUAACUCAACCUUCUCACCGUCUCUAGAACUCCUUUGUCUCCAUAGAUUGUAAAACAGGGCCAGUCCUCCUAAAAACAAUGCUAUAGGUAGCAGAUUAAAAGAGAAAUCCAUGAUUCUUGUUGGUCUGAGGAAGGAGGAAGAAGAUGAGUUGUUGACCGAGUCUGGAUGGGGUACUGAUAUUGAAACAAAGAAAGUGAUGCGUGGAAA